UUCAAGAUGCGCCCAGGUGUCCUGGCUGCCUUUCUCUUCCUGAGUUGGACUCAUUGUUGGCCCUUGCCCCUGCCCAGUGGUGAUGACGAUGAGGACUUGUCUGAAGAAGACUUCCAGUUUGCAGAGCGCUACCUGAAAUCAUACUACCAUCCUGUGAAUCUCGCGGGCAUCUUGAAGAAGAGUGCAGCAAGCUCAAUGGUUGAUAGGCUCCGAGAAAUGCAGUCUUUCUUUGGCUUAGAGGUGACGGGCAAACUUGAUGAUAACACCUUAGACAUCAUGAAAAAACCAAGAUGCGGAGUCCCCGAUGUGGGUGAAUACAAUGUUUUCCCUGGAACUCUCAAAUGGUCCAAAAUGAAUUUAACUUACAGAAUUGUGAAUUAUACACCUGAUAUGACUCAUUCUGAAGUGGAAAAAGCAUUCAGAAAAGCCUUCAAAGUUUGGUCCAGUGUGACACCUCUGAAUUUUACCAGACUCCAUGAAGGCACUGCAGAUAUCAUGAUCUCUUUUGGAACUAAAGAGCAUGGUGACUUCUACCCGUUUGAUGGACCCUCUGGUCUGCUGGCCCAUGCUUUUCCUCCUGGACCAAAUUAUGGAGGAGAUGCCCAUUUUGAUGAUGAUGAAUACUGGACAAAUAGUUCCAAAGGCUACAACUUGUUUAUUGUUGCUGCCCAUGAGUUGGGUCACUCCUUAGGUCUUGACCACUCCAAGGACGCAGGAGCUCUCAUGUUUCCCAUAUAUACCUACACUGGCAAAAGUCAUUUUAUGCUUCCUGAUGAUGAUGUUCAAGGGAUUCAGUCUCUCUAUGGUCCAGGAGAUGAAGAUCCCAACCCUAAACAUCCCAAAACUCCAGACAAAUGUGAUCCCGCCUUAUCCCUUGAUGCCAUUACCAGUCUCCGAGGAGAAACAAUGAUCUUUAAAGACAGAUUCUUCUGGCGUCUACACCCUCAGCAGGUUGAUGCAGAGCUGUUUUUGACAAAAUCAUUUUGGCCAGAUCUUCCAAACCGUAUCGAUGCUGCAUACGAGCAUCCUUCCCAUGACCGUAUCUUCAUCUUUAGAGGAAGAAAAUUUUGGGCUCUUAAUGGUUAUGACAUUGUAGAAGGCUAUCCCAAAAAAAUACUGGAACUAGGAUUUCCAAAAGAGAUUAAGAUGAUAAGUGCGGCUGUUCACAUUGAGGACAUGGGGAAGACCCUCUUCUUCUCAGGAAACCAGGUCUGGAGAUAUGAUGAUACUAAUCAUGUUAUGGAUAAAGACUAUCCCAGACUGAUAGAAGAGGUCUUCCCAGGAAUUGGUGAUAAAGUAGAUGCUGUCUAUGAGAAAAAUGGUUACAUCUAUUUUUUCAAUGGACCUAUACAGUUUGAAUACAGCAUCUGGAGUAACCGUGUUGUUCGAGUCAUGUCAACAAAUUCUCUGUUGUGGUGUUAAAUGCCUUUAAAAAAAUGUUAUUUAAGUCCUGGAGAGCAUUUGGGAUAGUACUUCCAGAAGCACAGGGGCAGGGGGUGGGAGGAGACAUUAGGGGAAAGCUUAGUUCUGUGAACAAGCUUCAGUAAGUUAUCUUUGUAUAUGCAGUAUCUACAUGAUAUGACUAUGCGUGGCUGGCACCACAUUGAAGAGUUUUAAAGUAAUGAAACUGAGUACCUCCGAGAAUCAUCUGAUUCUGGUAUGCUGUAUAAAAGCAAUAGUUAAUGCUAUGUCCCACCCCAAAAGUGGGAUAGAUGGUCAGUCAUCUAGAACAUGGUUUUUAAAUAUAUUUAUAAGGAAACUUAAAGGUAAAUUACAAUUAUAUAAUUAUGAAUCAUCAUUAAAAUAUGAAAAGUAUAAAUGGAAAUUUAGGGAAGUAUGUGAUAUACAUGAACAUACAGAAGGGGAAAUGUAUGUGAUAAAUUUGCAGACAACUUUUCAAAAGAUAAUUUGGGUUUUUCACUGAGAGGAUUUAGCUGUACAUGCCCCACUUCACACAAAUGCUAAAAAACAUCAAAAGUCAUUAAAGAAAGGAGACAAACACUAAUAUGAGGGUAGGCGAUGUGGCUUUGGAUUCUGUUUAAUUUUUACUUUUACUAAUGACUCCAGGGAACUUUCCAAUAAUACAGAUAAUUUUUUGCAAUUGACACACAACUCUUUUUAUUAGAAUAUUUCAGGUCUUUGAAAGUUAAUA